UAUUCCGAAUGAAACUUUGACGGUUGUAUGUGUGCAAUACUUGUGAAGAUAGUUUUGGCUAAGUUUCGGAAUCGCCCCGGCUGUACGCCCCUUUCCUUCUUACUUUGCAUUAAACAUAUUCCCCCCCCCCGGCUGUACGAGACCGUCCCAUUAAAAACGAGCACGGACCACGAAGACGGAUAGAGGGCUAUCUGCCCUCCGUCUUACGUGUUCGUUUUCAACAUAGACGAGUAUAGAUUUCACUUGUAUCCGUUUUGUUGGCACUUUAUUGUGCAUCGCAAGAGUUAUUCUACCCAGCCCCAUGCAUUUCCACGUUGCGUUCGUUUCACCGAGUCAAAGUAGCGCUUUCUCUUGCAAACAGAAACUAAAUCUGAAGCAGGCACCGGGAAGGAGCAUCGGCAUUAACACCACACAUUGAGGGGCGCUCUCGGCGUUCUGCUUUGUUGCUUUGCGUUUUAAAGGAGCGUAAUCUUUUUCUACUUGCGGUACUUCACGCUCCGUUGUCUGUCUUGUCUGAAACCCUUUAGCGCCUCUAUUAAUAGACAUGUCGAGUUUAGAAUGACGAAGAUCAACCAAAGCGAAGAGGAACCCCUCUGUUGCUGCGAAUACAUAUCCCAGUUUGGACAACGUUCUCACGUGUUGGCCUGCCUCUGUGAUUGCGAAGCCUUGGAUGAAUGCUUUGACAGGUUGUUUACGUGCCGUCGUGUUUCGAGGUCUACCCUUUCCCGUGUGAAACUGACCUCCAUGGACCGCCUGCGAAUUCCAUGGGCUGGAGGUGCCAAGAGAGUGGAUGUGGAUGUGAUAUUUGCAGUUAUUCUGCUUCCAUCUGUGUUACUCAUUGCCUGUCUAGGAUGGACAGCCACAUUGUUCAGUUUCCUGGCGAUGCCCAUUGGGCUUUAUGUGAUACACUGGCACUCCAUAAAGACCAAGCGAAGAACUAAGUUCUUUGCAGCAUGGACAGCAACGUCAUUUGUGAUGCUCGUUGGAGUGUUCCAGCUUGAAGUAGUUCCUUACCUCGAGAUUCUCUUUUCUGAGAACCUCCUCCUCAUGACUGCAGUAGCUUUCACAUGCAUAUGCAGUUCUAUUGUGCGGUCUGGUCCUGGGAUACCUGCUCCUCCUCCCACUGAUGCGAUGUCACAAGGCAUAACGGUGGAGGAAGUCCAGGAGCCCACCAAGUGUGGAGUGUGCCAUGUGGUUCGGCCAGCCAGGUGCAGCCAUUGUUCCAUGUGUGGGCACUGUGUCUUGCGCAGGGAUCAUCAUUGUGUAUGGUUGGAUACAUGUGUUGGUGAAAAGAACCAUCGUGCUUUCGUGUUGGGCCUCGCUGGCUUGGUCGUCUCUCUCGUCUAUGGGGCUAACCUGACGCUGACCACAGUGUGCUACCCCAAAAUGCUAUGGGGCAUCAUUCUAAUUCCAGAGUCCUGUACAGAUGUCUACGAGGAUGUUCAUAUAGCCCUGUGCUACGUGUGCGGCAUCUACGCCCUUCUCUUAGCGUGCCCGGUUGCCCUGAUGCUCCUCCAACAGCUGUGGUUGAUUUCUCUCAAUACAACCAUCUAUGACCUGAAGAAGCAUCGAAUAGCUGUAUAUAGUAAAGGUCCAUGGAAAAAUUGUUGCGCUUUCUGGCUUCCAGAUACGUGAUAGAAGUGUGACGGAGGUGGCCUAACAUGGUGCUCUGUACAGUGUGAACUCUUCUGUAUCGGAGCCCUUGGAUUCCUGUUGUUUAUGUCCAGGCGCAUAAUUCCUAUGGAAGGCACGAUACCCUCACUGAAUAUGUGGCCGCUGUUCAGCUGAAUGGAUGUAUUGCGAACACUCCGCUGCCAUAUUUAUUGGAAUGCGUUGUUGUACUCUCCAGUGGUCACAUCUAUCGUACAACUAUGUGCUAGUGCCCCACAACCAUGUGCAGUUUUGCUGUUAAUUUUAAGCAUAUUCCACUUGCAAGAGGACCGCAGUAUCCUAAUCAACUAUGGAUCAGAGGCAUGAUUAUUUUGAUGCAUAAAUCCAUCAAGUAUUCCAUAAUACGCUGUUACAUUGAAAACACAACGGUACUGUAAAAGUAGAAAUUUUUGCGAGGAACUAAUUUUCGCGAUUAAGAUUUUUUUCGCGAAUUUAAAGUCCCACGAAAUACACUUACCGAUGUCAUGGGGAAAAAAAAGCUUCGAAAUUCGCGACCAACAGCAGACGGCACUCAAGAGUUUCGUUUUGGAGUCAGUGAUUUAUUAGCGCAUAUACAGCUUUAUAGCAUUCAAUAGCUCUCUUACAUUCACUCUACAUGAUUCACGAUGCUCCCGAUGAUGCCGGCCUUCGUAAACCCGGUAAUAAUGUCACUCUUGCGGCUUUCAAGUUGCUUAUAGGCCUCGAUGAGCCACCCAGCAUGUAUGGGCUUCAUGACACUGCUGCGGAGAUCAGCUUUCGUGAGAUCCCCCGACCGCCUGUCCAUCAACACUCGCACCUGUUCGGCAUACCAUCCUGUGAACAGGUUCCUCAUAGUCGCCUUAAAAACCUUGUUCACGGCGAGAUCGUUUUGCUGCAGUUCACCUGUGCAGCUUGCAGGGACGAACACACACUUGAUAUUAUUGUCCGAGAGCUUCUCAAGAAAACUCUUGGUCCUGUGCGCCGCGAAAACAUCGAAGAUGUACAGUGCUGCUUGGUCAGAAUUCCCACUGGCUACUCGGUGGCCCUCAAUGUAAGGCACCAGGACACUGUCUACGAAGCGCAACAUCGUCGCCUCGUUGCUCCAGUGGUUUUCCCGAGUUGCCAAACGUCCAAGUUCUUGGGGGAAUGCGACUUUUGGGUGACACCUGUCUGUCUUUCCAGCGUAGAUUACCUGUGGCGGGAGCAAAUGACCGGAGAGCGUUGUUGACAUCAGCACCGUAAUUUCUCUUUUGUCAUCCAACGCUUCUACGCCAACUUGCCUGGCGCCAUGUUCUUCCAUUGUCCACUCACCCACUGGCGCUAGUUUCACUCCAGUCUGGUCGAAAUUGAUGACGAGCUCGUCAGGAAUCCCCAGGUCAGUCCUAAGGGUAGAGAUGGCCUCCAGAAACUUCUCUUUCAUCAAGCUGAAGUCCGCUGGGAGCUUCCGAGCGGCUUUCGUUGCCUUCCUGCGAACAAAUCCCAGGCGCUUCAAGAAAGACUUCGCCCAUGGCUUGUCGAGAAUGAUGGUUCCACCGUAUUCCAGCAAAAGUGACGGUUUCCGAGCCCUGACGAUCCCCAAGGCAGCAGCAACGCAAAUCUGUGCAUUAACAACGCCAUCAGAUGUCCUCAGCUCUCGAAUGUACGCCUGGACCUCUGCAUCGAGUUCCCCAAGGACGGGCUUGGCUCCGCGAGGGUUACGGGGAAGUGAAGAAAGUUCUCUGAUUGCAUCACUGUGGGUCUGCUGACACUUCUUAAAUGAAUCCUUUAUCGAGCGGACAGUGCUCUUGCUGACAGGUGUUCCAAGUGCCGAUGAGAAUUUCGCAACAGCGGCUUUGUUCCCAUUUUCAAUAGCGAACCCUGCGAUCUUGCAUCGGAGUUUCGGCGUGUUGUUCUUAUAGGAUCCACGCUGAUGCUUUCGAUGCUGCUGGUCGGUAACUUCCCGGGAUACUUGUUCAUUGCCAGAAGAAAAUGCACGUCUGUCCCCUGUUGUUAUGAGCAGUGCGGUGUCCGGCAGUCCGUGGACAUACUCGCUGGGAGACAACGGUGGCUGAGGCGAUGCGGGCUUGAAAUACCGCAGCAGAGACAUGGCACUUGCACACCAUGGAAGGAACUGACUGACUGACUGAGAAGUUGCUGUCGUCACAGUAAGAAGUUGGUAACAAGGAUGACUAGCACAGGGUCAGCGGGACACUGGCCUAUAUUCCGGCUUAGCACCCGAGACGCUUCCAGGAUUCCGGAGACCGCCAUGAACUCCACGCCACCGAGUUUCGGGAACAGGAGUUGAGGAGCUCACAACAAAGGCGUCAACCCUCAGGUCUGCCUUUUGUUAAUGUACGGGCAUAUUUCCUGGACGACAGCAACGUGUUGCACAAAAGCGAUUAAGUUUCGGGAACAGAAGUCGAGGUGGUCAAAAUAGAAGGCGAUAAUCCGCUGGAGUGUCUUUUUGUAGGCACGUUUAAUCCCCUGGUCGGAAACGGGUUGUGACACAAAGAGACCCGGAAUCGCGAAUUUAAGGUCUCGCGAAAUAUUCCUCGAACGGGCCCUGCGCUGGAUUCGCGAAUAAUUAAGACCGCGAAAUUAACAACUUUUACAGUAUGUAUGUCUCAACUACAUUUAUUUAUAUUUUUCGGUUUAAACGUUUAACGUAAUUCCAGAAGCUUGCAUAUCAUAUCUAGAGGUGUGAGUGGGUGCAGGUAGGAAUUCAAUGUCGCUGCGGGUUGCUGGUAAAAUGAGGGUGUCCCACAGUGCGUGUACUGAUAGUGCAGGUGAGAUCACAUUACCGACAUCCCCUAAGCUAACCUUUCGCGACCCUAACUUGUUCAUCCAUUUUUGCACUUUCCCCAGGUUUCAUCGAGAAAAAUACAAAAAGUCAACUUUUUCGCAUAACUCACGGUGACUUGACCUUUCACCGAAACAAAUGUGGCUUCCACUUGGAUAGCUGACAAAUUUGACACCAAACAUUAAGCGAAACAGCACGCGUUUGUGGAAAUGCGUUUUCUUUCCUGAUUUGUUUCGCUCUGUUAUUUGUGUGUUGAAAAUUCAGUGUCUUUGUAGGAUGCGGGUAAUUGCGGGUGCACUCGCACUGCGUCUGCAGGUAUUGCAGGUGUACCUGCAUCAGACUCCGUGGGUUGCGUGUACAAAUUUACUUUCCUGUGCACACCUCUAAUCAUCAUAUUGGGAGUGUGCAUGCCACACGAUUGGACCAUGUAGAGAAUGCCACUGUGCACAUGUUGCACUUAUAUAUGUUAUACCACAUAUACAGUGACAUUGUUCAUAAUUAUUUGCAUGUAUUGUUCAGUGCAUGGAGACAGUUCACCUGGAGGAACAUAAAGAAUUCCUACAUUUUUGUCGUUUAAUUGUUUAUCACAUACGCCUCAAAUUUUGCAAGCCCUUUUUUCUUCAACCUGUGCAUAACAGUGGUAUUCUAGAAUGCAGGCUUGCAGGCUAACAUUUUGAGACUACUGCCAAGUGGCCUAAGGCAUGAUGCUCAUUUAGUCUGACAUUUAAACAUUUACCAUUCUGCACAUGCUGCUGUUUAUUCUGCACAUGCUCAGCAUUGUGUUGCGCCGCUUUCAUGCGUCCUUUCCUAACCGAGAAGUAUUUCUGAUGCAAUAAAUAUUUUUU